UAGCAGUAUGAUUUGUGCGACGAGACUGUGAGGAUCACGAUUAAUAAUUAUUGUGCGCUAUUUUUUUAAUGUUAUCUACUGCACAGUUAUUUUACUAUUAUUACUAUUAUAUGAAUAAAUAAAAUUUUUUUUUCUUCAUUUAUAAAUUUAGUCAAGUGUUUUUUAAAAAUGUUUAAUACGAUUAUUUAUUUUUUAUUGUAAAUUUUGAAAGGAUUUUAUGAAAUUGGAUGCGCUAAUCUGCAAAUGGAGGGAGGAAGAAAAAAAAAUGAAAAUAAAAAAAAAAUGAUAAAUUUUAUGGGACUUUAAUCGCCGGACAGACCCAAAUGUUUGUACGUCAGCGGAAGUAAAAUAUGUAGAGGUUUAGUGAUCCAUCAUCGGAAGUAGAACAAAAGUUUUAAAAAUAAAAAACAACCGGUAAAAAAGAUUGUCGAUAGUAAAAUCGUAAGCUCACGCGAAUGAUGAUACCUAUCACAUAAAAUUCCUAGGAAAUGUUUCUUUUUUUUUCCCUUUUUCUUUUUUUUUUUAUCCAAUAUAUCCGUAAACUUUUUUCAUGUUGAAAGUGAGUAAGAAGUACCAACGAGAAUACGAAAAGCUUUCGGGUGUUCUUCCGUCAAGAUCAAGACGUCAAGACUCACGAAGCUGAGGGAACAUGAAAACCCUAGACUAAAUGUACGGGCGCACGAUUACCAGACUCGUAUCUUAAGUUCGAAAAAGUUCUUGACAUCUAGGAACAAGUAUAGACAUAACUCACAUAUAUUUAUAUAUAUUUCGUGAAAAGUCUUCGAAUCAAAUCUAAUAAUUCGGUUUAUUCUAAUUUGGUUAAAUAAAUUCUUCUGACGGAAGCAGUCUUUGAAAAAAACAUCUGGGUUGUAAAAAAAUUAAUACAAAAAUCAGAAUUGCAGUGAAGUCAAAAGAGUGACCUUAUAAAGUUGGAAUGUAAAAUAAAUUCCGUGAUAAAAGGGCCGGGAUCUAAAAGUAGAAGUGAGGUUUGAGUGAAAAAAGGGAGUUCAGUGAAAAGGAAAAAGCCAACAAUGGUGAGCCAAGUGGUGGAGGCGUGUUUUCGUCAGACGUCAAAGUGAUUAAAGUGUAACUAUAACUGCCGCUGAAUCCCAGUGCUAUGUGAUUAUUAUUGCUAUCGCUAUUACUGUUAUUAUUAUCGUUAUUAUUGUUGUUACUAUAACUAUAAAUACAGGGUGUAUUAAUGUGUGUGUACAUGUAUUGGGUGUAUGUGAAUAAGUCAUGCUUGAGGGUAAUAUCGCGAGCUGGACAAGCGAGCUGACGGUGAUGCUUCACGAAAUAUCUUGCAAUAUUAGCAGCGGCGGUUUGUACUCCUGUAACGAGCAAUGUGGUAGUAGUAUUAGUAGUGCGGCUGCUGGCGGUGGAUUCAUGCCUAUUGAUUAUGACCACUUGUGUAUGGCUGAACAUGUCAACAACACGACCACUCAUCACUAUCAUCAGCAUCAGCACCACCGUACUACUGACAUGGAUGGCUAUUUUGUUGGUAUACCUUAUACUUCAUUAUUUUGUUGGCCGUGUAAUUAUUCGGGAUGCAAUAUUAACUUAUCACUCGUUAUCAAUGGCCUGGAAAAUAUCGAGGGUACUUAUUUGUCAAGAAUAUCGAGAUUUAUCGACUGCAACUCGACGUUUCUUACCGAUAUUUUUGAGUGCACGUCGGUGGGAAAUUCUUCGACGACGGAAGACUUGACGGUUUCAUGCUCACGACGGACACGUCAAAUAGAACCACCGAGAAGCGGGAAAAGGUUCGAGUGGAGUUUUCUCUUUGUGGCAGUCUUUAUAGUAGCCGGCGGUUUAGGAAACAUUCUAGUAUGCCUUGCGGUGUGUCUUGAUCGGCGGCUACACAAUGUCACUAAUUAUUUCCUACUGUCACUCGCCGUUGCGGAUCUGCUGGUCAGUCUCUUUGUGAUGCCACUGGGCGCCAUUCCCGGAUUUCUCGGAUACUGGCCGUUCGGGGUAGCUUGGUGCAACGUAUAUGUAACAUGCGAUGUACUAGCAUGUUCGGCAAGUAUAAUGCACAUGUGUUUCAUCUCCCUCGGUCGAUAUCUUGGCAUAAGAAAUCCACUACGUACCCGUCAUAUUUCAACCAAACGUGUCGUUGCAUUUAAAAUUGCCGCUGUUUGGUUUCUAUCAAUGCUUGUAUCCAGUUCAAUAACAGUAUUAGGAUUAAUAAAUCCAACCAAUAUAAUGCCAAAACCCGGUGUAUGUGUGAUAAAUAAUCGAGCUUUCUUUGUAUUUGGUUCAUUGGUUGCGUUUUACAUACCAAUGAUAGUAAUGGUAAGCACAUACGUCCUAACAGUCCAAUUACUUCGUAAAAAAGCCCGAUUCAUUGACGAACAGUCAGAGGGUGACCAUUUUAGACGGCUAGGUGGGAGGUAUUCCUCAGCGAAAUCGCAUCAUGCCCAUUCCAGGCCAACUUCCAGCGCACUAUCGUCCAGACAAUUGUGGCGAUUGUCUGGCGGCAGUGCCUCUGUCAGUAGCCGGAGUACGAGCACACGAAUAGACGUGUCACCGUCAAGCUGCGAGCUUAAUGGAGUUACGGAGGAGACAGAUGAGGGCUCUAAUAGUCUACAAGUACGCAGGUGCAACAGCAAAACCGAUCAGGCUACACAAACCCCCGAAAAUAUUGCCAAGGAAACGAGGAAUUUCCGAUUACGUUCCCUCAAACUUCAUCUCAAUGUUGCGCCGACAAAUCUUAAUCUCAGGUUCUUACAAGGAAGAUCAAAGCGACGAUCAUUGGCGGCAAAUGCGGUCGCGACGGAGCAAAAAGCCAGCAAAGUUCUGGGAUUAGUGUUCUUCACAUUCGUUUUCUGCUGGUCGCCUUUUUUCCUCCUCAACAUUCUCUUCGCUGCGUGUCCUGAUUGCGCGGUGCCCAACCACGUGGUGGACAUCUGCCUCUGGCUCGGCUACGUCUCCUCCACAAUCAACCCCAUCAUCUACACGGUCUUCAAUCAAACGUUUCGCGCCGCGUUCAUACGACUGCUCAUGUGUAAAUGCUCCAGAUCAGCACGACUGCCACGAUGGCGUUCAGUUACCGAAGGACGCGGUGCACUGGGGAUGUGUACACCUAGUGCAUUACCUCUAGCAAUAAGUCUUCAAGGUACACCACUACUAACACCCUCAACUAUUCCAGCAGUAACACCAGCGUCUGGAAGUUCUUAUGUUACGAUGGUUAAUCGGACAACAUUUAAUUCUCUAACACGUGAUACUUUUAUUGAUGAUGAGUGUGACCAUAAGUGUUAAAUUUUUAAAAAUAAAAUAUAUAUAUAUAUGUAUAUUAGAGGUGUGCGAAUAAUUCGUAAUUACGUAAAAUAUUCGUAAAUUUCUGAGUUAUUUGAAAGCGUUCGAAUUUAAAAAUUCGAAUUAUUUGGAAAAAAAAUUUUUAUAAUUUAUCAUGUCCCAGGCGGCACAAAAAAAAAUUGUUGACUUUUUGUUAAGUUUAAGGCAACAAUUUGUUAGAGUGUAACUAAUUGUUAACAUAAAGUUAACAAUUUUUUUUUGUGCCGCCUGGGGUGGAUUAAAAAUUUCAUGUGCGAAAUUCAAACUAAAUAUUCAAAUUUGAAAAUUUAUGAAUAAGAGUUAUUUGAAAAAUUCGAUAUUGAUCGUAAGUUUUAAAAUCAUUUUAAAAAUUUGAAUUAUUUGUACAAAAAAAUUUAUAAUUUAUCACGUGAAUUAAAAAUUUAAUAUUAGAAAUUCAAACCGAAUAUUCAAAUUUGAAAGUUGGCGAAUAAUUUAAAUUGAUUAUAAGUUUUAAAAUUUUUUAAAAAAUUCGACUUAAUUGCAGAAAAAGUUAUCACAUGCGAAUUGAAAAUUUAAUAUUAAAAAUUCGAAUUCAAAUCAAAUAAUUCAAAAAAUUUAUGAUUGAUCUGAAAAUUGACAAAUAAUUCGAACUAUCCGAUUUAAUUCGGACACUAAUCGGACACCCUUCGUAUAUAUAUAAACAUUAAGACAUUGAAACCCUUUUCAAUAAAUAUAAGUGUCGUUAAUAAAAUGACCCAUGAACAAUAAAAUAAAAAACAAAAUCCACUCCGUAAUUGAAAGCUGAUGGAUAUCAUAAAUCAUUACUUGAGCUUAUUUGUUUGUUAACUUUGUUAAUGGGAUAAUUUAUUAUCCUAGUAUAUAAAUAUGUAUAUGUAU